GGAGGUGUGGGCAAUGGAAUUAUCAAAGUGUACCCCGUCCAGGAUUCUGAAUCACCCAAACAUCUUUGUGCCUUGAUAUGGAAAAGACUGCAUCUCAAUAGCGUUCUAGAGGGUAGUCACCUCCAAGCAACCAAGAGGAUUGUAAGAGGAUGCAUAAGUAUGGAAGUAGAAGAAUACGGUCAUUAUCUUAAAGUAGGAGAGAGAAGUUCCGAAAAAGAAGAUGAUGAAGAGAUCGAGGGGCUGGAUGAUUUGAGAGAAGGAGCAGUAAACACUAAACGCAUUACUCAUAUCCCAAUUACCUUAGAGUCAUCUGAACAAGGUACACAAUACGAGGAUGGAGAUGCCGAAGUGUUCACCUCCCUGAUUUCUUCAGACAGCGACUUUGAAGUUGGAUUUCUUCCGUUUAAGAAGAGGAAACGGGUGCAUGUCUACAAACUUAACUCAUCGUUGUGUUUUCGACAAAUGGUGGUUGAAGUUAGCAGUGAAAAUUUGAUACUAUUGAAAAUGACAAUUUUCUCUCAAUUUCCAACGCAUAUUCCAUAUUGUGGGCGUUAACAGCAAACUUCAGGUUAUACCAACAGUUCCUUCCCUUCAUAUCGAUUUCUAUACAUUUCCUUCUAUGUUUCAUUUGUUAGGACUGUCAAGACAACAUUGCAAUAUCUUACAGACGAAUUUACAGUUAA